ACAGUCAAAGUUAACAAGAAUCCAACAUGGCGGACAGACGUACAGUUGAAUCGUUUGAAUGCGAUCCCGAUUUCUGCCCAGAGUGUGGUUCGAUCUUGCCGUUACCUGGACUAGACGAUGUUGUUUCUUGUAGGAUUUGUGAUUUCCAAAAAGAUACCUCAGAAUUUGAAGGAAUAGAAGUUCACUCAAGAAAAGUCUUCAACGAAGUGAAAGAAAAGAAAAUUAGUGUAGAAGAUGAUGAAGAUCCAAUAGGACCCAUGGUUGACAGAAAGUGUUCUAACUGUGGCCAUGAAGGAAUGACAUACCAGACACGACAGACCCGAUCAGUUGAUGAAGGACAAACAGUAUUUUAUAACUGUCCUCAUUGCAAAUAUCAAGAAACAGAGCAUUCAUGAUGUAGUCAACAUCCAAAGGCAGGCUUUUUAUCCAAUAUAAUAACAUCUGACUUAUUCAAUUGUUUGUACAAUUGCUAAGUUAUAAUCAGCUGAUUAUCUGCUCCAAAUGGUGGUCAAACACCGACCGUCAUGACAGUACUAUAAGCCAUAAAGAAUUCUACUAAAAACUUGUGAUUCAGCUGAUUAACAUUCCACACUGGACAAGAAAUGCCAUCGAGUGAAACCAACCAAUAAAAAAAACUGGUUCAUGUAAUAUGGUAGAACAAAUCUUUCAGAGGAAAAUGAGAGAACAUUGGAAGGAAAAAAUAGCAAAAACACACAAAAAACAAUCAGUACUUUGUUGAAUGAUUUUUCGAAAAACAGUUAACCAUCUUUUCACGAUUUGCCAAUGUUUUUUUAAUUAUUUUCGGACAACCUUCAACAUCAUCAAAUGUUAGUGACAAUUACUCUUGCUUAGCAGCUUGAUCGCUGUUCACUAUUUUUUUUGUUUUGUUUGUUUGUUGGUUUUUGUUUUGUUUUGUUUAUCAGUCUUUUAGAGAAAAGAAAACAGUCUCAACAUACGAGAUAAUGUACUCUUUUAUUGCAAAUAAUUUGUAAAAAAGAUUUGGGGUAAGAAUAGCUAUGAUUGUUCAAAACACACCUUUAAACUAGUCGUUUCUUCAACAAUCGAUCAGUUGCCAGCUCAUCACAACCAAAAUCAACAUAUUAUUAAAGAUACAGUUUACCUAGUAAA